GCAUAAGGUAAGAGAUAUAUAUAGGAAUGGAGGUAUGUGAAGAUAGAGGAACAUAGAAGAUGAUGAGAGAAGGAGGAGAAAGAAGAGAAAGAAAUUAAAGAUGGGCAGACGUCCUUGCUGCUCGAAAGAGAUGAACAAAGGUGCUUGGUCAAGAGAUGAAGAUCAAACCCUCUCCAAAUAUGUUGCCAUUCAUGGUGAAGGAAAAUGGCAAAAGGUUGCCCAAAAUGCCGGCUUGAAUAGGUGUGGGAAAAGUUGCAGACAGAGAUGGUUGAAUUAUCUGAAGCCAGGCAUUAAGAGAGGCGACAUCUCUCAGGAUGAAGAGGAUAUGAUUAUAAGGCUACAUCGUCUUCUUGGUAACAGAUGGGCCUUGAUAGCGAAGAGAUUGCCGGGACGAACAGACAAUGAAAUCAAGAAUUACUGGAAUACCAAUCUCUCAAAGAAGCUUCAACAACAACAACAACAAUGGCAGCCACCUCCUCCUUCUUCAUCUUCUUCCCAUAAACACAAAAACAAUCUUACUCACAAACAUGUACUAGUACCACCCCAAACUCCAAUUCCUAGAAGACUCAAAGCUUUUCACUACAACAACAAUAAUAAUAAUAAUAAUAAUAACACUUCAAUUAGUCCCUGCAGUGAUGAUAAUAAUGAAGAAGCUUCUCUCACUGAUUUUCUCAUUGACAUUGAUGAUAAUGAUGAUGAUCAAAUGCUGUUAGUUACUGAUAAUGACGACGAUCACCGCCAUAACUCGAAGCUGCUCGAAGAACAGAGCAAUCCAAGCUCAUCAUCACUAUUAUCAUCUUCAGAUCAAUGUAACAACUUGUUAAUGUCUGAGAAAUUUGACCCUUUGGAGACACUUUUGGAUGUGGAGCUAAAAAGGGUGGCUUCAUUUCUUGGACUCAAAAAUUGAUUGGAAAAAGGAUUUAAUUCUUUUUUUUGGAGUAUGGACCAGGACCACCAUGCAUGGAAAAGGUUAAGUUCGUACGAGAAUCAUAUAAAUUAUAGCUUAGCUUCUUUAA